AUGCGCCUCAGACAUACAUUCAGCCCUCCUGGUGCGAACGAGGCUGCGUUGGAAUCAUCCGUGGAUGCAUUAUGUCCUCCACUGUGGCCCGGCAUAGGCCUACAUUCCUCCACCUUCAUCGACAUGGACGCGUUCUUCACCAUCGCCGUCGCGGUUCCCGCCGAGCAGCCCGUCGGGUCCGAUGAGUUCGACUUCACCAACCGCGAGAGGGCGACUUCGAGCGGGUCGCACUCUACUUGCGUCAUCGCGACGCUGAACGCGCGGCGACUCAAAUGUCCCUAUCCUACCACGCCGACCCCGUAUUCGCGCAACCGCCCUCUCAUCUCACCGCUGCGACACACCCAAUCCACCUCCCCUCGCCCUCUUCGACCUCCCGACACCCUCCACCAUCGACUCCGCCGCCUCCCGCUCGCGUCCGUCUACACCGAGCCCCGUGCCCGCAUCUUCGUUACGCGUCGCACGCUCCCAUUCCUGGUCUCCAUGGACCAGGCAUUCUCAUUCACAGUGCCCUACUUUUCGAUUUUCCCCAAGGCUCGCCUGCUCGAGCCGUGGUCCCUAACUUAUCCGUAUCCAAUUAUCGUCCCGGAUCCUCGCCCGCGAUCCCCCUCCACCUUCACCUACUACGCUCCCCCACCUUUGUUUCCCUUCGUGUAG